UGUAAAGAACACAGUGGACCGGGGCGGGAGGCUGUGCGGGCGUCUACUUCCCCGGGUUCGUGGAAAUCGGGUCGUCACGACCUGAAAACACGCGCUGAAAAGGCGCUUCCUGCUCAACAAUAACUUGCUACCUUUGCUGUGACUUUUACUCCGGCGAAGAUCUGAGCAUGCGCAUUUAUGUAUGGGACGGGAGGACAUCACGGAAAAUCUACUAGAAGCACCACAAACGCAGAGAUUUCGGCUCUCCGCUGCUCUAAAACUGCGCGACGUGGGCGGCCCGUGACCAUGCCUGGAGCGGCGUUAAGAUGCGGGACGACCGCCUGACAGGCCUGGCCCGGGUCUGAGCCGUUGCCGGGAGGGGAAAUCUAUUUCUUCAUAUGGGAGCAGCAUGCGGGAAAUGGUCGGAGGUUGCUGCGUGUGUUCCGACGAGCGAGGCUGGGCUGAGAAUCCGCUGGUGUACUGUGAUGGACACGGCUGCAGCGUCGCCGUUCACCAAGCAUGCUACGGCAUCGUGCAGGUGCCAACUGGCCCGUGGUUCUGUCGGAAGUGUGAGUCACAGGAGCGGGCGGCACGUGUGAGGUGUGAGCUGUGUCCCCACAAAGAUGGCGCCCUCAAGAGAACAGACAGCGGAGGCUGGGCCCACGUCGUGUGCGCACUCUACAUCCCCGAGGUGCAGUUCGCCAACGUCCUCACCAUGGAGCCCAUCAUCCUGCAGUAUGUCCCACAUGAGAGAUACAACAAGACUUGUUAUAUCUGCGAGGACCACGGGAGGGAGAGCAAGGCGGCCUGCGGCGCGUGCAUGACCUGCAACAGACAGGGCUGCAGACAAGCGUUCCACGUCACCUGUGCUCAGAUGGCUGGUCUGCUGUGUGAGGAGGAAGGACCAGAAGCUGAUAACGUGAAGUAUUGUGGCUACUGCAAGCAUCACUACAACAAAAUGCAGAAGAAGUUGCGUUCUAGUGAAAAUACAAGUAGCUCCUUCAGCCAUUCCAGGGGGCGCUCCAGCUCUCCGUCACAGGAAAAACAGCACCACCACCACAGACAGAGGAAGAGUCAUAAAGACAAGAUUCGGCAAAAGGAGCGCCACAAAAAGUCGAGCGACAACCUGAGCUCCGCUGUCACAUCUAGCGGCAUAGAAAAGAUUUCCUCAAGUCACCACAGCAGCAAGGACAGCGAGGGAAAGUCCAAGAAGCUGAGCUCGCACGGUCACAGUCAUCGGAGCAAGAAGACCGGAAGCACCGGCAAGAGCUGCUCCUCAUCGUCCUGCUCCUCCAGUCCAUUCAACACAGGUGGUUCCCUGUCGUCUGCUCAGGAGUUCCAUCAGUUCUUAUCUUCUUCCCGCCUGGAGCGUGAACAUGACCGAGGAGGUGACGACCAGAGCGGAGAGGAGCGCAAGGAGCGUCACAGGAGACCGGCAGUCCAGGAGGAGGAUGAGGAGGAGGAGGAAGAUGAAAAGGAAGAGGAAAAAGAUGAGGAGGAGGAAGAGGAGGAGGACUGUAAAUACCACAAGCCACCAGCAUUGACCCCCGCUGAGGGCCCGCUAGCAGGGUCGCAAGGUCACGACAGGCCAGAGGGCAACUCCAGCCCUUUCGAGAACAAAGUCACCAUCUCCACCUUCGGGUCCAUCAUGCGCAUCACGUCGUCGUCGGGGCUCGGCAGCAGCAGCAAGAUCCGAAAGAUCUCCUCGUCGAGCGACUACAAACCCUCCAAAUCUCUCUGCAAGCCGUCCCAGCUCAGCACGCCGCCCAUCCUGGAGGAGGCCGACCCGGAGGACAAAGCCACGCUUCCACCGCCGCUGCCUCGAGAGAGGAGGCACCGUGGCAACAAGAAGAGCCGCCACGGCCCGGGGCGCCCGCGGGGGAGCAAGAACCGAGAGAGGAGGGGGGAGGAGGAGCACCACCACCACCAUCACCACACAGCACCGCCUCCCCUAGCCUUAACCUCGUCGCUCUACCCGAGCCCGUCCUCCAUCCCCCACCCCACCUUCUCCUCGACGCUGCCUCCCACCGCCACCUCUUCCACUUCCUCUUCUUUCUCCUCCUCCUCGUCCUCCACUGGUAGUUUUUCUACAGGCCGCGGCAACUCGCUGCUCAGCUCUGGCAUCUACUCCAGUCUCAAGGACCCUCUCACACUGGGCGGGGGUGUCUGCAGUACCCCCCUUUCCCUGGGUGGAGGGGUGUGUAGCACCUCCUUGUCCCUGGGAGGGGGCAUGUGUAGCACCCCUCUCUCCUCAGGACUCCUUCCAUCCCACUCCUCGCUGUCUCUUCCACCAGUCAAUGCUGUGUCAAACACACAGGUCCAUCCAGGUUCCAGCGCCUCCUACAGCCUGACCUCCACUCAGCCUUUCACCAGCUGUCUCUCCACAGCCCUGACACUGCCGCCACUACUGAGCCAAGCCCAGACCUCACUGCCAGAGUCUGACCUCGAUGACUGUCGCUUCCCAUGUCAGGGGAACUCACCGAGAGAGAGUCUUUCCUCGCAGUCUCCGAUGAGCUGUCUUCCUCUUCUGUUCGACCAGAGGGACGGGCUGGGCGCCGGAGUCAGAGCCCGUCCUGAGAACGUCCCUCCAGCCAGCUCUCACAUUGAUCUCCUGCUGGAGAAACACAGCAACGGAGAGAUGGGAGUCAACAUUAUGGAGAUGCUCCAGUCGCUGCACUCCCUGCAGCAGGAGAACCAGCGGCUCCAGGACCAGAUCCUCAGCCUGACGGCCAAGAAGGAGCGACUGCAGCUGCUCAACACGGAGCUGGCCGUGCCUUUCCCUCCACAGGUUCACUCCACCCAGGGCUCCAUGCACACGUCCGCCCAGAUCAACUUCCUGUCAUCCACCCAAGACCCCCUGAGCACCAAUAAGAGUCCCCUGUCCAAAAGCUGCUUCCUGAAUGACACCUCCUUUGUUACCUCGUCUGAGGAGCUCCACUCCGGUAGUCCGUCCCGAAGCAGCUCGUCUCUCUCCUUCCAGAGCACCCCCCCUCCUCAGCAGAGCCCCGCCUCCUUCGGGCAGCCGCUGCUGAACGGCUUGAACCGAGGGUUAAACGACGGUUUGGGGGCGAUCACUCAGGCCGGCGGCUCCGCACUGCCCAUGGUGGGCGGACUCAUGGCGUCUCUCGCGGGGAGUCCUCAGCUGGCCGUGAACGGCGUGCUCGGCAGUCUGAACGGAGUGAUCCAGUCGCCUGUGCAGAACGCUCCUCAGCCCGCCCUCCCGGCUCUGCGACCCCAACCUCCACCCCUCAACCCCCUGGCGCUGGCUCAAGGCUUUCAGCUUCCCAAGAGUGCAAGUCCGUCGUCCUUCCUGUCAGAGCAGCAGAAGCAGCUUCUUCUCGAGCAGCAGCAGCUGCAGCAGUUCCUCACCUCACAGAACUUCACACCUGAGCAGCAGGCCUUGGUGUGCCAGAUGUUGCAGCAGCAGCGACAGCGGGAGCUGCAGCGCCUCACGCUGACAGGAGCUCUCACCUCCACCCCCAACUCACCCAUGAUUGCCCAGUCACCCAACCUGCUGUCCUCAGCUACAGCCUCCCCCCUGCAGGGAGGCCAAGGAGGCGGACUCUUCGGGCUGCAGGAGAACACGCUUCACAAACCCGGAGCUACUGGAGAGAAAGGUGGAGACAAGAAUGGCUGAUGUUUCUCCGCAAGACGCAAGCAGCUCAGAUGAAAACAUCAGGCAUGACGUGCCGCCUUGAAGAGGUCAAAUUUCCAGGACUUUCUCCUUCUCUGUCGUCUUUAUCUUAAGCUCUCUUUUAUGAAUGUACAACAGGAUGGACUUUAAUGUCAAGGUGAAGUUUUUCGUGUUUUGAAAUUCUUGAUAUCAGAGGUUCUUCUCAUAGGGGUUUUUUUGUGUGUAGGCAGCUUUCAGAGAGCAUGAAUACAGUGGUCUCUUCUUAAAUUGCACUAAUUUGUUAGCUAGACCAAUGGGGCUGCUGAUGAAGGCAGAGUUCAUGAACCGAAGGUCGGAGUCUCUCUUCUCUGACCUCCCAAGCACUGACUGUUCAUGAAUUCCCUCCAGAGUUUCCAUUCAGUCAGUCAGCGAGGAAAAAAAGCAAGAAAAAAAAAAGCGGACUUCUGCCACUUCCUGCAACCUCAACUGUCUUCCUCGAUAUUGUGUCUUCCCUUUGUGUUCACCCCACUCAAUUUCAUCCAGAUCUAUAUGUGAAGCCUCUCACAGGCACUUAUUAUGUAAAGGAUAAACAUACAAUCAUUUUUGAUGUGUGGUUAGUGGCAUUUCGACAUUAAGCUAGUUAUUACCUCAGACUUUGUAUUUUCAUUGUUGACUUUUGUGCAGACUCAUUACCACAAUAGCCUUCACUGGAUAUAAAUGCCCACCAAAAAGAUAUCUUGGUGUUUGCUCUAAGGUAUUAACUCAUGUAAAUGUAAAAAUGACACAGCACCUGCGUGUCCAGAAAGCCGCCAUUGUCUGCGAGCGAGCGCCGGGUUUUGUUCCAAACCACCACCAGAGUUUCUCAAGACUUUUAUAUCCUUCUAGUUGCUGUCGAGAUUAAGCGGACGAAACCAAACAUUUGGAAAUUGUAAGUAAGAAAUUAAUAGUUUUUUCCUAAACAAGUGUGCACUUUGCAUGUUAGUAGCUAAGAGAGCAAAUUAGCCAUCAACACAGUACCUUCUAAAGGAUGCUCGGUACUUCAUAGGUCGCUAGGGACUAACAGGUUUUUGAUUUUUCUGAGUAUUUUGCACUCCUGUCCUGAAGUGUCAGUCUUUUACUGUCAUACAUAGAUAUUCCUUUCAUGUCCACCAACUAGCUGUUCUUUUAGCAAUACUGGAUAGAUAAUGCCUUAAUGAUGUUAGAUUUACAGAGGAAACCACAAGCCCAAAGGCUCACUCUCUUCUUGUCUUUCUUUGAUAACGUGUUUUUUUUAUUGCGGGUACACGGAGGGUCAUGUUGUCCAACGAAAGCACUCUUCCUAAGCCCAUUUAUAUACUUUUGAUAGCUGACUGAUAAUUUCAACAGUGGAAAAACGUGUGAAGCGUAUAGUGGUGACUAAAGUGUCAAAGCAUUUUCUAUUGUAAGUUUUGUGUUGGAAUGUUUUUGAGUUGUUUGUGCUUCAGAGACCUGAGAAAAAGGACUUGUAGAGAAUCUGCACAGCAGUUUGAACCGCUCGUAAUUAUAGUGCUGCAGAAACAGAAUCGAUAUAGGAAACAGGGAGGCUGUGGGCAACCGGGGGCAGCUGUGGCAUUUUCUGUUUUUUACAUUUUCUUUCACAACUCAUAAAAUACUUGCAUCAAAAACAUGACAUAUGUUGCAGUUUCAGUUUAAAAAACUGCACCAGUUUAUCGUCUGUGGUGUAGACAAGCAGAAACAAGACGUUUGAUCUGUUGAGAACACUUUUAAAACUUCAUUCCGGAUAAACCCCCAAGGAUUACCGUGUGGGGAGGUGGUUGCUCUAAACAAGUUAGAGCCUCUGAAAUUUUGACACCGGGCUCAUCUUCUAGCUUUCAUUCCUUCUGUGUCAAAAUGAUUUUCUAAUGUAGCAUGACUGAACGAUCUGUGUCAGCCACACAAGUGUAAACGGGAAGAAACACAAGUAUACGUAGAGACCAGGCGAGCUCCAAAUAAUCAUCAAAGAGGACUCUGACCUGCAGUUACUUCCUCCGGAUGUAAAUUUAAAAAAAUACUGAGGAGGUUCGUGGCAAGGAUUUUAAAAAGCUUAGGAUUAAAGUUGUUUGAGCAGAUGUGUCUAAACUGUUACCUAGAAUAUGUACCGAUGUUGUUUCCCCUUUCUUCGCAGCAUUAAAAUAGACAAAAGGCAACAAUUUGAACACAAGCUCGUUAAUCCUGCCGGCAUGUCGUCGUCCUAGCUUUCUGAUUGGAUACAUUAGUAUUGGGUGUUACAGGUGUCCCUGGUCUCCCCUUAUAAGCUUUUCCUUCCAUUCCACUUUAUGAAGUGACACCUCUGCUUAGCUCAGUUUUACUAACAAAGGCUCGUCACCAUUUCACCUUUUCCGCCCUCAAACGAAGGGAUUAUUUAAUUUCCUCCUUCCUUCAUUUGUCACUCUGUUUGGAGUCUUGAACAUGAACUCCCAUACAUGUGAUAUCUAUUUUUAUUUUAUUUUAUGUUGUUAGCAGCUCAUGUAGACAUCAGAAGCUUCACGCAGCUCAAUGGCUGGUGAUAAAUACUGUAGCAAUGACAGAAGGAGAAUGUUGACAAAUACAUGAGCCAACGUGACUCCUGCUGGGAGGUCUGCAAUUUACCAAGUAUGACCAGCGCGACCACACGAUCGCCUGCAGAGCGGCGCGAGUGAUUUCUGAAACAGUUUCUUUCUCAUGUUGCACUGGGGCGCUUUGGCCCAAUUGUAAAAAUUUUUUUUUUUAUGUUUUUUUUGUUUGUUUGUUUGUUUGAUUUUUUUGAGAUCCGAGUUGUAUACUUUAAUAUGUUUGUGUAAAAACACAUUCAUUCUUUUAAGCUUUGAAGUUUGGGUAAAGAUAAUUCAUGUUAUGAAUGUCGUACUGUGUAUCUUUUAUGUAUUGCAACAUUUAAGCACCUGGCUCCGAGUGAGGUCUGAUGGACGGCGAAGUUAACUAUCGGGAUAUGAAUUGCAUGAAAUGCAGUGACGUCUCUCAAAUGUAUCGCUAAAUACCAAGUAAUAGCUAUGCAUAAUUUUAAAUGCAUUGUUCCCUGAAGAGAAAAAAAAAGGAAAUGAAAUGAGCACUGAAUUUAAAAAGGACAAGCACGUUGUCAUUGUACAGUGUAUUUGUUUGAGAGAAUCGAUUGAAGCAAAUUUGACGAUAUUCAGAUUAAAAUCCCUGUAAAGUAUUUUGAUAUUUUUGUGUGUAAAAUUAAAAGGACAGAUUAAGACAACUUUUUUGUCAAUAAAUGUAUUUUACUGA